AAUAUUUAAGUUUGAUAUUACUUUGUUUCUUAGUUAUGAAUAAGUAUAUUUAUAUAAGACAAAGAAAAAAAAGGUAUAUUUAUUUUAUAAAUGCAUUCCAGGAUGAUAGAACUAUUUGGCUAUUCACAAUAUAAUAGUCCUUUAUUUGACAACUGUAAUACCGAAACGAAUUAUCGUUAUUAACCAGACGGUUUCCGAAACCUAAUUUUUUUCUAUUAAAAUUUAUCAAAAAUGUCUGAUAUAUCGAGAAAAAUAAUUGCAAUUAGUGAUCUGGCCAGAAGUACAAAAAUAACAGACAAAAAGAAAUGUAUUUUGGAAUUAAUAGAACUCUAUGGGAAUAAAGAGACAAUUAAUGAAAUAAAUAAACAUUCUGAAAAUAACAGCAAUGGAAUUGUUAGUUGGUGGAACAUUGUAACUAUUUUGCAUAAUUUAAUUUUACAUGAAGCCGAUAGGCUAGCCAUGAAUAGGAGUAAUAAAAUACAAGACACUUAUGGCGUUUUGUUAACAACCCUACGUUAUUCUCACGAAUCUAGAAUAUUGACUUUAAAAUGCAAUAAUUUAAUAAGAUUUGUUCUUGAUAUAUUGCAAAAUGAAAAAUAUUUAUUUUAUUACAAUACGUAUUUGACUAUAUUAAAUACUUACGUACUUCCAGUUCGCUUAUAUCAAAUGAAUAUAGCUUUAGAACUAUGGGAAGAAUUAUUGAGAUCCUGUAUUAAUGCAUACAACAACGAGUCUACUUCUGUUAACAAAUGUUUAAUAUUAGAUUCUAUUCAAAUGACAAUAGAAUAUGGAUAUAUGUAUGUGAAUUUAUCAUUAGAAGUUAAAAAAUUAAUACCAUUUUUAGUUAAUAUUUUGACCGAUCCUAAAAUUCUCAAACAGAUGGAAGAGUCUGCGUACAAACUGACUAAUACAGUGUGCCAUCAAAUAGCAACUGAAAAUAGAAUUGUCCUUUGUCAAUUUAGCGAAGAAGUUUUGCCGAAAAUAAUUAAUUUAGAUAGUUAUGACGACAAAUAUAAGUUAAUGAUGUUAUUUGUACAAAUUCAUUAUCCUGGAGGAAUUAGUCAAGAAAAUGAUGGAACGUUCGCUUGCGAUUGGUCUGUAUGGAAUAGUAUCAUUCACAGCAUGUACGAUAUCGUUUGGAGAGAUUUUAAGAAAGGAAUAUCGUCCAAGUAUUUUCUUCAAUUUGCGAGCGAAGUAAUCAAUCAAAUUCUACAAAACUCUGGUACCAUGUUGAAAUUACACAAUUUUGUUGAACUUUAUUCAAAUCCGACCAAACGAAGACGUAUUUCCAUUUGCGGACCGGUCGAUUUGAUUGAUCAUUGUGAUAUAGAAGAAGGAUGGCCUGUAAUCCAAAUAUUAACAGUACUUUAUGCAAAAUAUCCUGAAAGAAUGCAAUUGAAUGACUUGGUACCUCUUUUAAAAAUAUUGGAAACUUAUUUGAUGCAGCCGUCUAAAUGUGUUAAAGUUGAAGAUAGCUUAUAUGACUUAUGUACUGUUCUCAUGGAAAUAGAACGACUUUUUUUAAACGUCUCAGAAGAAUUACAACAUGCUGCGAAUGUGUAUUGGUAUAAAAUAUGGGAUAUUCUUUUAAGAUCACUUAAUACCAAUAAUAAUGAGAUUUCAGCUCAUAGACUUGCUCAGUGUUUUAUAAAACAUGGAAAGAUGAAACAUACAAAUUCACUUUUUGCUUUGUACGUAUCUCAAACGAUCAGAUGGUCUUCUAAUAGUUUGCAAACAUUAUUAAUGUGUUACGAAUAUUCAUCUAUACCAGACGACGUAUCAAUCUUCAACACAAAUUUACAUUCUUCGAUGUUAAAUACGCAAUCUGUCAAAUUACAAUUCCUACAAUGGUUGUUAAACACUUUCUGGUUUAAAUUUCCUUUUAAGAUGUUAAUCGAAAGAUUGUCUAAUAUAUUGAUCGGAAUUCCAGUGAGAUUUCUUUACGAAAAUAAUACAACAGUUGAAACGUCUGGAUCGACUUCACCUAUUUACAAAAAUUCCUAUUUACAGGAAUUUCUAUACGAAGAUUCGCAACAACCCUUGUCUUAUAAAAAUAUAGAGACGUGUAAUUUAUCAUUAACAUUUCAAAUAAAUUUAUUCACAAGUUUAACAACGGAGACUGUUGAUUCGCAAGAAUAUUUACAAGAUUCGUUUGCCAAAGCUAACGUAAAUAUAAUUGAUUUGAAAGAUCUUCUUGUAAUAUUGAAGAAAUAUUUGUACGACAUCAUUAAUAAGAGGAAUGAAAACCAUGAUAUACAAAUGAUUGUAAUGAAAAUAACGUUAGUGGCUAAAAUUGCGAUUACUGUGAAAAAAAUGAAUAUACUAAUGGAAGAUACCGAAAUUCAUUCUAUUAUGCAUAUAAUAAAAGAUUGUUUGGAGUAUGCUUAUAGUUUACUGAACAGAUUGUCCAAUACUAAUCACGAAUAUCUCAUAAAUAUGAUUGAAGCAUUUUUUAUAUUAUUUGAAACGUUUUCUUCCACGUACACAGAUAUGACUAAGAUCAUUAUUUCUUUGUCGACACCAGAGAUAUUGCGAAAUUUAUUUAAUUUGCUUAAUAUCGAAGACGACAAUAAUUUUACCUACCACGAAAUACGCCAUUACAAUGAUCAUUUUGAUAUAUUUCAAAAUAAUUUAAAAAAAAACGAGAAUCAAAUAAAUUACAAAAACCACAGUAUAUAUAGCCUGAACGCUAUAAGAUUAUAUACCAUAAAAACUUUGACAUUAUUUUGCUGUAUGAAUACGGGAAAAGAAACCCCUCAAAUUCAACUGAAUUUAAUGAACAAUCUUAUGACUAUCGAUAAUUAUGAUUUAUCAUUUGUAAUAGAAUUUAAAAUGGCAAUGAUAAUAUUGGAGUCGUUAACGCAAUGUGACAAAAAGAUAAUACACGAAAAGUAUAAAGAUGGUCCACUUUUAUUUCUAUUUGUUUUAUUUAAAAAAUGUAUAAAAGAUGAAAAGUAUGUAAGAUGCAUACUCAAAGUUCUACCUUAUUAUAUCGAAUAUAGUGCCAUAUAUAAUUACGAUUUAAUUAAAUUAAUGGAUUAUUAUUGCGGACUUCUGAAUUGUACAAACUUUGGUACGACUGUUUAUAUCGAUUUCUUGGAAUGUCUUUCGAGAAUAAUUGAAAUUAAUCCAUUAUUAAUGAAAUAUAAAAAGUAUAUUCAAUAUGAAUACAAAUUCUGGGCUGUUAUAGAAAAUCUAAUGACGUACGUUCAGAGUCCUCUUCAUAUAUUAAGAUUGAAAGCAAUAAAAUGUAUACAAAAAUUAUAUUCUUCAAAAAGUAUAGAAUACCAAAAGAAAGUUUAUUUGUUUGAUAAAUUAAAACAUGCUGCUAAUAAUUUAUUAUCUAUUGAAAACAGAAAUUAUAAUUACAAAGCUGAUGAAUUAGAAACUAAAACGGUAAGCGCUUUGUUAAUAUUUGGAACUAUUAUUUGUACAUCCAAAACGUUUGAAAACAGUGCUUUGAUAGCUAUAUUAGAAUUAAUGGAGAAUAAACAUGUCAAAUUAAUAACAGUGCAAAAAUUAUUGGAAAGUAUAACUAAGCAAGUGAAACACGUGUUACCUAAUGAAGAUAAUCUGGCAUUUAUGUUAUUGUACUGGUUGAAAAAAGGUCGUACCAUAGAAACAUUUCCAUAUUCAUUAAUUCUAUACAAAUCUCAAGAAGAAUUUUAUAAAACUUAUAUUAAUACUAUAGUAUUCAUCGAAAUUCAAAAUUUCAAUAUCACCGGUGCAAAACAACUUUGUAUUUCUAUUGGAUACGAUUUCAAAAUUAUUUUUGAAAAUAUUUUUGCCCAAGUCCUAGCAUGGUUACUUUCUGUAAUUUGUCAACAAGAAACAUCUGUUAAUUUUACACAUGCAACUAAUAUGCUCGACGAGUUGAUGUUAAAUCAAAGAAACUUUGAAACGAUCACUACCUUUUCUUACUUAUUGGAAAAUAACUUCGAUAAAAUCAUUGUAAGCAUUAUUACGAGAUUACACGAUGAGAAACAUUUUAAUGAGAUGCUUCAAUUAGAAUAUCAAUAUCCGCACACUGAUCAUCCACUCGUUCUUAGUAAAACUGAUGCAAACAAUUGUAUAAAGUGCAUAGAAAAAUUGUUUAUUCCUUGUAAAUUACAAUUAUAUCUGAUAACCAAAAAGAUCAAUAAAUUACAGAAAAUAUUGAUGAAUCUGGUAAACAAUAUUUACGAAAUGACAUUUUCCGAGCACAAAUUAAAGGCUUUGCAUCAAUACAUUUAUUUUUGUACUAUAAUAAUGAAAAAAUCAGAAUCUGAUUAUUUCGAUUCAAUAUCGGUUUAUCUUAUUAGAGAAAUUAGUUAUAGUUUGAUUCAUUUUAUCAAAGAUAAAGAUGAUAUACUCUCGGAAACAGCCUGCAAAUAUUUUCAAAUAUUUCUAAAAUACAUUUUACCCAAACGACACAAGGAAAUUGAAGAACAUUUGAAUUAUUAUGUUACCAUUUUAAUUCCUGUUGCCCAAUUGGAAAAAACAUCUACUGCUAUUGAUAUACUGGAAUACUUGAUUAUCGAACAAAAGGAACUGUUUAGCAAUGCGAUAGCACAAUUAAAUAUAUUCCCUAAUCUACCUAAAUUUCAACGAAUAUUGAAUGUAUACAAUUCUUUGAAAUAUAGAAACGGAAAAGAAUACAAUUUAGAAGAAGAAAUUGAACACUUUUUAAAUGCAACAAACCAAAAGAUCGUUAACUGUAAUAUGGAGAGCGUAACAUAUUUAAAUCUUCAGUUAUCAAUCAAAAGAGAUGAAUUACAAGAAUUGUACAAUAAACUGGAAAAUAAUUCUAUGCAAAAUUAUAAUUUAUUACAUAGAUUGAUAUGCAGACUAUUAGAAAUAAUUAAAUCUUCCGAUCAAAACAUUUCGAUAGAAGCUAUGAAGUGUCUGGGACAAAUAGGUCCUAUCGAUUUAGGAACGGCUAUUCCUUAUAACAGAAAAACUCAUGUGAAAAAGAAUGCAAACAUAAGUGAUAUGUUGACAUAUGAAAUAAUAAUAUUACUAACUGAAUUUUUAGUUGAUAAUGACAUCAAAUUACGUAUAGCUAGUGCUAAUGCUUUACAUAUAAUAUUAUUGUCUUCAUGGGGACAAGAAAUUGUAAAUAAAAAAAAUAUCAAAGCAAUUAAGCAAAUGUUGAAUGAGUAUUCGAAACCUUCGUUACGAUUAGAUUAUAUACUUCCAUUUAUAUGUGAAGUAAAAAAUGUAAAGAAAAAAAAGAUAAUCCUCAAUGAACUAGCUUGUAAUAAAUAUAUUAAUAAGAAUUAUCCUAUUUGGAUCGACAUGUAUAAUAAGUCUUACGUCGAAUGGAUCAUAGAAACUACAUGUAACAUGAUUGAAUGUUUUUCGGGAUACUACCUCGAAGAUUUAAUACCCGUUUGCAAAUUGAGCAUAGAAAUGUGUGAAUUAUUAUUACCAAGAAUAAUAUAUUUAAUAAUAUAUAUUAACAAAGAUUUAGCGAUAACGGUAUCCCAUUGCAUCAAUGGAUUUUUCUAUUAUCAUUUCAACAACGAAACCAAAUCAAGGAUAUGUUUAUCGCAACACGUUAUAAAUUGCGACCGUAAUAUAAUAUAUUUUAUGCUGAAUUUAGUGAAUUAUAUUAGAACGCAAAUAGUUGAAAAUAUUCCUUUGGAAUUAGAUUUCAUUUACAUAGCCAAAGCCGCUCAAUAUUGUUCUGCUUAUUUUACCGCUUUCCUUUAUGCGGAAUUAUCUUGCGAAUCGUUGUUGGUAGAACCACAUGAUUUCAGUAGAGUUAAUAAAAUUGAUUACGUUUACGAAUGCGAACCGAUACUUGGGAAAAUGUUGCAAAAUAUUCUUAGAGAUGUCUCUUUUAAAAUUGGAGAUCCGGAUGCUAUCCGCGGUUGUGGCUCUUCCCAUUUACAAGAUAGUUCUUCUCGCGUUCAACAUUACAUACAAAUGCAAGAAUGGGACAAAGUUUUAUUAAUAAAAGAUAUCGAAAUAUCUUCAGGCAAUAAAACAGCUGUUGGAGAGAUGAUCAGCUCAUUACAACAAUUAGGAUUGCAUUAUUUAUUAGGACAUUGUAUAUCUACGAUGAAUACAUCUGCCCAAGAAAUGAGUAAUGAUAUUCAAUUGGAAUGCGCAUGGCGACUUAGUAAUUGGGAUUUACCUAUAUUUUCUCAAAUUAUUCCUUCUUUAUGCGAAAACAAUAUGAAAUUAAAAUUAUCCGAAUCGGAUUAUCAUUUGUAUCAUUUCUACGCGUUAAAAUGUUUUAAUGAAAGAGAUGAAUUGGGUGUAGAAAAUUCAAUCAAGUAUGCACGAAUCUGUAUAAUGAAGGCUCUUUCUAAUAUUAAUUUAGAGAGUAAUAAAGAAAUUUAUGAAAAAUUAAUGCAACUUCAAAUGCUUUCCGAAUUGGAAGAAUUAUGUUUCAUAAAUUCUGAAGAUUAUCCUAAAGUAAUAGAUAAAUGGCAAAAAUUCAAUGUCAUGAAUUUUAAUGAAUUUCAAUACAUCGAACCGAUCUUAACACAGAGAUCUAUUAUGUAUCAAAUAAAUGAUACGUUAUCUAAUAAUUCGAUUAUCAGAGAUGAACUUGUUAAUACGCAUAUAAAAAUUGCUGAAGUUGCACAAAAUCAAGGACAUUUAUCAAUGGCUGCACGUGCUUUAGGAACUUUAGCGAAACAAAAGGAAUUAUUUUCAAAAUUUUCAAAUUUGUUAGAUUAUCAAGAAUCCCUACUGGCAUGGAAAAGAAAUGAUUAUGAAAUCAGUCGAUAUCUUUUACGUGAAUUAAUUCAUAGAAAAUCUGUAGAUCCGGUUUUGCAAGCUCGUGUUCUUCGUAUUUACGGAAAUUGGAUGGCUGAAACGAAAUCCGAAAAUCCUCAGACCAUCAUAGAUAAUUAUUAUCAAAAAUCAAUGAAAAUAAGUGAGUCAAUAAAAACUAAAACCCCUGACGUUAUUAAAAAUUUACACGAUACGCAAGUCACCUUGGCUAGAUUUGCAGAUGCUCAAUUUGAACACGUUAAAAUGUAUAUGAAAUCUUCGCAGUUUCAAAGUUUGAAAAAAUGUGUAGAAUAUUCGCGCAGUGUCAACAGAUAUGAUACAAAAUUUCAAGACACGGAAAUUAAAAAAGCUAUGAUGUUUAAUCAAAAACAAAGUACGAAUGAUGCUGCUGAAUUAGAAAAUAUCGAAAAGGAAAAAAACAACUAUCUUUUAAUAGCAGUACAAUAUUAUUUACUAACAUUACAUCAGAGCGAAGAUUACAAUCUGUUGGUAUUUAGAUUGGUAGCUCUUUGGCUUGAGAACUCAAAGAAUGAAGAAGUAAAUAAAUUAUUAGAAGAAUACUUGAAUGAGAUACCGUCGCAUAAAUUUUUACCGCUUGUACCGCAAUUGGCAGCACACAUGAACAACACGUUGGAUGAAUUUUCUAUGAAAAUAAAUGAAACAUUGGAACGUUGUGCAUUGGAUCAUCCGCAUCAUACGUUACCCGUGUUAUUGGCAUUAAAAAAUUUGUACGAAGAUUAUAAAUUUCUUAAAACUAACAAAAAUACAAAAUUGGAAGAGCCCAGAAUAUUGGGUGCUAGAAAGCUUCUAAGAAAAUUAGCUUCAUCUAAGGUAUCCUGUAUUAUUCAAGAAAUGGACAUUUUAUCUCAUUCUUUGGUAAUGUUGGCUAAUUACGAAACGAAUAGUAAAUCUAAAAAUGUUGUGCUAUUUAAAAUACAUAACAGUCAAAAGAUUGUAAAGAUAAACAAUUUUUCGAAAAUAUAUGUACCUACUUUAGCUAUUGACGUUAAAUGCAAUGGAAAUUACAAUAAUGUAAUUGGUAUCGUUAAAUAUUUCGAUUAUUAUGAACAUGUUGGAGGCGUAAACGCUCCUAAAAAAAUUAUUUGUCUUGGUACCGAUGGAAUACAAAGAGAACAAUUACUAAAGGGUAAAGAUGAUUUACGACAAGAUGCUGUGAUGCAACAAGUUUUUAACGUAAUGAAUAGGCUUUUUGAUACAAGCAAAGAAACGAAACGACGUAAAUUAAAAAUUAGAACGUACAAGGUAGUACCAUUAACUCAAAGAUCAGGUAUAUUAGAAUGGUGCCAUAAUACAACGCCAAUUGUAAAUAUAUUAAUAGGUUCUGAUAAAAUUUCUGGCGCUCAUCACAAAUAUAAUCCACACGAUUAUACUGCGCUAAUGUGUAGAACGAAGAUGCAAGAAGUCUGUAAUAAAUCCAACGAUAUCAAACUGCAACAAUUUUUAGAAUGUUGUAAACAUAUGCGUCCAGCUUUUCAUCAUUUCUUUAUGGAAAAAUAUCCAUCCCCUGAGAUGUGGUACGAGAAACGAUUAGCUUAUACGCGCAGUGUAGCAACAACUUCUAUGGCAGGUUACAUAUUAGGUCUAGGAGAUAGACAUUUUGGUAAUAUAUUAAUGGAUCAGCAAACUGCCGAAGUGAUUCAUAUAGAUUUUGGUAUAGCAUUUGAACAAGGUAAAGUAUUACCGAUGCCUGAAACUGUACCAUUCCGUCUUACAAGAGAUAUGGAAGCAGCAAUGGGAGUUUCCGGUGUGGAAGGUAUUAUGAGAAGAGGAUGCGAAGAAGUAUUGACAGUAUUACGGGAUCAAAGACAAAUAAUUAUAACGCUAUUACAAGUGCUCCUUUACGACCCCCUUUUUAUUUGGGCUAUGACUCCUGCGAAAGCGUAUACUCUUCAAACUGGUAAUACAGCGAUGUCUUCCGAAGAUGAAGAAGUUUACAGCGAAACAAAUAAAACUGCAGAAAGGGUACUCUUGAGAAUAGAACAGAAAUUGCAAGGUAUAGAAGAAGGUUUGGUAUUCAGUAUACCUGGUCAAGUCGAACAACUGAUACAGCAAGCACGUGAUCCUUCUAAUUUAUGUCGUUUGUUUUCUGGAUGGCAAGCAUACUUGUAAACUUUUUAUGUAUUAUAAUUAUUUUUACAUUAUAAAACAAAAUUAAAAAAUAUAUUUUUUUAGUAAAUAUAUUUA